UGCGGCUGACAACUCCAUCAAAAUUUCUCGACACGAGGCCCGAACCUCCCUCCUUGGAGGCCAGCCUCUGGACAGGAACUACUUCCCCUCCGACUACAGUUAUCCUCCCUACGCUUCGCCUCCCCUCGACACGCAGCCCGGCGGAUACCACGACCGCCAGGGCUUCCCCACCCAGCUUCCGCCGCCAGUACGACGCUCCCGCAGAAUGUAUAUCCCGAAUACAAAGUGGACUUGGUCCUACAUGAUAGCUGCAUGCUUGCAGGCUAUCAUCGCUCUCGUGCUUGAAGCAUAUGUCUUUGCCAAGUUCCAAGCAGGAUUGCGAGAAAAGAUUCCAGAGCAUGUCACCGAGACGCGGACGAUCCCGACAUACCUUGCCGUGUUCAUGUUCGGAUACAUAUACCAACUAUUACUUGUCUACGAUGCGCUGAGAAUGAAGAACACGAUUCAAAUCAUCGGCCUUGUCAUGUAUAACGGCGGAAUCCUUCUCUAUGCAGGCAUUCAGUUCGAUCAGAUCAAAGAUGCGAUUAGGACGCUAGAUGACCAGCGGUUCAUCAAGCUGCACUUUUGGGACAGCAUCAGACCCAUGCUCGUCGCCUUGCCCGUGCUGAUGGGUCUUUUCACCGUCAUUUUCGCCUUCCUCGCAUGGAAGUUGUACGAUGAGUUCGCGUGGACCAUUUACAAGCACAUCAGCGCAGAUGUUCGCAUGAAGAGGAGGUAUCUCAACUAUCAGAUCUACAUCGCCCUCCUGAAAUUCGAUUUCUUCUUCUUCCUCGCCUUCACCAUCCAGUUCCUCGUCGUGGUCGACAACACCACAACCGUCGAGCAAGGCCUCACCGCCGCCGCCCUGGCCAUCACCUUCGUCCUCCUCUUCCUCGCCGCCUGGUGGGUGCGGCGCGAAUCCAUCGCUGGCAUGAUUGCCAUCAUCAUCGUCUACUUCAUCGCCCUCGCCUACUUCCUUUUCAAGCUCGUCCGCAUGUACGUCGCCGACCUCAAUCGCCAGCAGGAUUACAAGCCGGCCCGAAAGAGCUUGACGAGUUUUGCCGUCCUGACGAUCCUGUUACUCCUUGCAACAAUCGUAAUUGCGUGUAUUUGCACGCACAACUUCAACAAGGGGCUCAAGCCGCACUUGACUGAGAAGAAGAUUGAUCGCGCGAAGCAUGACGCGACCGAGAUGCCGUAUGUGAGCGGCCCGGCGCCGAACCAGAGGAUGGAGAUUGAUUAGAUUGGAUGGCUGUUUUUAUUUGUAAUGUUUUUGCGAGCAUGGCUCUGGUCUGGGCGUCUCUGUCUGGGGAAAGACACAGGCGGAGGAACCAGAGCUUCUUGGGCGUUCAUGGCGCAAUUUUUAAUGGUUUUGUGUUUUUUUUCUCCAUGCUUUCAUUUACGUCCUGGAUCUGGCAAAUGGGU